AUGAUUGAGGGACCUCCCAGGUUGCCGGUGGACCACUGUAUAGGCGUUCCCAGCGAGGCCGAACAAGGAAUGCCGAUUAGUUUCCUGUUGCCGGAUACCUGGGAAAUCGGGACUGGGCUUAUCCUCGUGGACGCCGUGUACAACACUUUGCGAGGUGACUCGGAUUGCCGCAGCGGUAGCACACUGGGACGUUUGCAGGGCGUGCACUUUGCAGAGGUGGCAAGGACAUUCAGUUUCCUGUCCAAUCCAGCUAUCGCUGAUGCAAGUCCCGUCAGUGGAUCUAUCGCUGAAACGCAAAGCGCUCAGGUGUCGGCAGCUUCCGACUUGGGAACGGCAAGUGCUCAGGCGUCGGAGGCAGUUAUAGGCCCGGAAGUUGCUCCCGCUCCUGCUGAACGUCCUGAUGAAGUAAACCUCGUCGAUGAACGCUCCUCUGAGCGGGCUGUGUCAACACCACCUACAUACACAAGGCCCCUCCGCAGCUCCGUGACGUCACCCUAUGCCGUCCGUCGGCAAGCCAACAAUGGCGUCCGCUUGCUGUGGUUGCGUUCGGCAGAGAUGCUAUUUCGAAGACGAAUUCACCCGUUUUCUCGAUGUGAAACAGCGAACGAGCGUGUACUUCCGAAGAAUAGGAUCCUACUGCAGUGUCUGUGCCCAUAACUUACGGAAUAAUUGCGUACACAGCGGCAAGCCCAGCGACUUACAACUUCUGCUGCUAAGAGUACACGAAAGCACGAAUAAAGAACUUGUCGAAGUACGAUUCAUGAAGAGCAGCAUUGACAACAAACGUAUGCGUUUCGGCUACAAAGGUGCCUCUUGUGACGUGUUUGCAGUAGACAAACAACUGGUGUAAGUGGUGAACAGGUGCGGGACACACCAUCAAGAGUCAGCCGUGUGUCCUUCAGUAACUACGACUUCCUUCCCUGUCUUGCAGUCAACACUGCGUGAUGUUUUUGUGAUUGGUUGUUGGAAAACGACGACAACUGACA